AUGCUAUGGCUAAGGAGAUUACCCACACCCGUAAGAACAGCUUUAGUGGCUCACGAACAGUUAGACGCCGAAAAACUCGAAGCGAUUGCGGAUAAGGUACAUCAGAAUAUCAAACAGGGGGUGAUAGCGGAAGUAAAGGAAGAGACGAAGGAUAGCAGCCUGAUACAUGAGAUAAAGAAAAUGUCGGAGAAUUUCGAACAGCUGCGCGGCGAAGUACAGCAAAUCAGAAGCCAAGAGAGGCCAAGAACAAACUGCGAUUCGGAAGGUUCGCGAGGAACUGUCAGCAACCCUGUCAGUUCUCAGCAGCGAGGUCCAGCGAGUUGGCAAAGAAGACAGGAAAACUAA